AUGGGCGAUUCAUCGUACAAGGGCGUCUCGGCCUCCCAGGACAGCCGGUUCACGGACAAAGAAGCGUCGCUGCUGCGCAAGCUCAAGUUCCCCCGCCACUUUGACACCAAGGUCGACAUGCACAAGGUGGAGCUUUCGGUGAUGAAGCCCUGGAUCGCACGGCGCAUCACCGAGCUGCUGGGCUUCGAGGACGAGGUGGUGCUCGAGUAUGCAGUGGGUAUGCUCGAGGAGGGACGGUAUCCUGAUGCCAAGAAGAUGCAGAUUCAGCUCACGGGAUUUUUGGAGGCCAGCACAGCCGAGUUCAUGGCCGAGCUGUGGGAGCUCCUCAUUUCGGCACAAGCGAGUCCAGGGGGUGUACCGCAGAGGUUUGUGGAGGAGAAGAAGCAAGAGUUGAGGAGCAAGAGGGAGGAGGGCGAGAGGGUUGUGCGCGAGGCGAGGGAGAGGGCAACGCGUGCAGCCCAGGCAGCAGGAUCAUCCAACGAUGCGCAAAGUGCCAAGCGAAGGUCUAGAUGGGAUGCCGGUGCGCCUUCGGAUUCUUCGUUCAGGGGACAAGCUGAUUCACGACCACCGGCAUAUGCUCCUCCGCGGGGUAGCGAGCCGUACAGGCGGUCGGAUGCCGGACGCAGCUUCCGGGAUCGUAGCGGAAACACGAUGGAGCGCAGUCGAGAUUCGGGCUGGGGCGUGCGCGGCUCCGAUGCCACACGACCCGCCGAUUCAUGGCGUCCUUCGCGAAGGUCUCCCUCGCCACCACCAAGACGAUCGCCUUCACCGCCGCCGCGAGACGAGCGCCGACGAUCGCGCUCACCGUCUCGAUCGCGCUCCGUGACUCCAGACUACCGCGCGGCGAUCCGCGAGCGCAAGGCCAAAAGAGCAGCCACCACAAGGCGGUCUCGAUCGCGCUCGUGCUCGCUCUCGCCAUAG